AUGGUAAUGGGCUGACUGGGAUUGAAAGGAAGUUGUAAUAUUUGUUGUCGCUUACACGUGGGUAACCCAGCAUUGACACGGCCACCAUGGAGAGCUGGCUAACCGAGGCUCUGGACGGCGCCGGCGCCGGCUCCACGCUGGAGGCGGCGGGCGGUGCCGACCCCGAGCUGGCCCUGCUGCAGGACCCCAGCCAGCUGCAGCUAGACUUCUCUGUACCACUGGAGCUGUUGUACGACCAAGUGACGGCGUUCCGCUGCCGCAUCUGCCAAUCGCUGCAGAGCUCGCACGCGGCCAUCACCGACCACAUCGAGCUGCGCCACUGCCAGCCCAAGAAGAAGCGCGAGCGCCGGCCGCCGCAGAAGCUGCGCCACGACAAGCGGUUCCAGUGCCGUGUCGACAAGUGUUCGCUGCGCUUCACCUGCGAGCAGUACCGCAGCGUGCACGAGAAGUGCCACGAGGACGUCAAGUCGUUUAAGUGCUGCCAGUGCGCCGAGUUCGCCACUGGCAGCUGGGUGCGCGUGAUGACCCACAUGUGGCGGCAGCACGGCGUCGACCUGGACCUGUACGCCUGCGACAAGUGUCACUUCAAGAGCGCGCUCUUCAGCAACCUGGAGAACCACCGGCUGCUGCACGUCAGCGAGCGCCGCUUCGUCUGCACCGAGUGCAACAAGGGCUUCCGCCAGAUGUCGCAGCUGCUGAACCACCGCGUGGUGCACUCGGACGGCUCGCGGCUAGCCGUGCCCAAGUGGUUCAGGCCGCACGUCUGCCCCACCUGCUCCAAGAUGUUUUCCUCGGUGAAGACGCUCAAGAUCCACCAGCGCAUCCUGCACGACAAGGUGCGCAGCUUCUGCUGCCGCGUCUGCAGCCACACGUCGGCCACCAAGGCGCUGCUGCAGCUGCACAUGCGCGGGCACAGUGGCGAGACGCCGUUCGUGUGUCCGGAGCCGACCUGCGACUACAAGACGCGAGACCCCAGCAGCUUCCGUCGGCAUAAGAUGCGCCACAGCGGCGUCCGGCCGUACCGGUGCCCGCACUGCGACUACCAGUGCAUCCAGUCGUCGGCCAUCAAGUCGCACGUGAUCAACCGGCACGGCGGCAGGGGCGUGUUCCGCUGCCACCUCUGCAACUUCUGCACCGUCAACGAGAUCACGUACGGCCUGCACGUGAGCGACCACCAGAAGGGCCUGAUCGCCGAGGACUGCCACCUGGUGAACGGCAUCAUCGGCGCGCCGGCGCCGCCGCCCAGCGCCGGCGGCGAUGGCCCUGUGCCGUAG